UUUUUUGAUUUUCGUUAAUUCAAGUUUUGCUUCACGUCCGCAUCUUCUUCUUCUUCCUCCCCUCCACUGUCUGCUAGUGCUAGGGUUGGAGUGCGCCGUUUCACUCUUCUCGAUCCUUCUCUUUGUUUUCUUCUUCAAUUUCGUGGCUCGACCAGAUACACUAUGGCAAUGGAAGUUACCCAGGUGCUUUUGAACGCACAAUCAAUAGAUGGAAAUGUUAGGAAGCAAGCUGAGGAAAGCUUGAAACAAUUUCAGGAGCAAAAUCUGCCUAGUUUUCUGUUAUCAUUGUCUGGGGAGCUAGCUAAUGAAGAUAAGCCUGUUGAUAGCCGUAAAUUAGCAGGUCUGAUACUAAAGAAUGCCUUGGAUGCAAAGGAACAACAUAGAAAAUUUGAGCUUGUCCAGAGAUGGUUGUCUUUGGAUGCUGCUGUGAAGAGCCAGAUAAAGGUAUGCUUGGUAAAUACCCUCUCUUCUACAGCGUCUGAUGCUCGGUCAACUGCCUCUCAAGUAGUUGCCAAGGUUGCCGGCAUUGAGCUUCCUCAGAAACAGUGGCCUGAGUUGAUAGGAUCACUAUUAUUGAACAUUCACCAGCUACCGGCUCAUGUGAAGCAGGCAACAUUAGAGACUCUUGGAUAUUUAUGUGAGGAAAUCUCUCCUGAUGUUGUGGAUCAAGAUCAAGUAAAUAAAAUUCUUACUGCUGUAGUUCAAGGAAUGAAUGCAUCUGAAGCAAACAAUGAUGUCAGGCUUGCUGCUACCCGAGCACUGUACAAUGCUCUAGGCUUUGCUCAAGCAAAUUUUAGUAAUGAUAUGGAGCGUGAUUAUAUCAUGAGAGUUGUAUGUGAGGCAACUUUGUCCCCAGAAGUAAAGAUAAGGCAAGCAGCUUUUGAAUGUUUGGUCUCCAUUUCAUCAAUGUACUAUGAGAAAUUAGCUCGCUAUAUGCAAGACGUCUUUAACAUCACAGCAAAGGCUGUGAGGGAAGAUGAGGAACCUGUGGCUCUUCAGGCAAUUGAGUUUUGGAGUUCAAUUUGUGAUGAGGAGAUAGACAUCUUGGAAGAAUAUGGAGGUGAUUUCACAGGGGAUUCUGAUGUCCCUUGUUUUUAUUUUAUCAAGCAGGCACUCCCUGCUCUUAUCCCGAUGUUGUUGGAGACCCUUCUUAAGCAAGAGGAUGAUCAGGAUCAGGAUGAAGGGGCUUGGAACAUUGCAAUGGCAGGGGGCACAUGCCUUGGCUUGGUUGCACGCACCGUGGGAGAUGAUAUUGUGCCACUGGUCAUGCCAUUCAUUGAAGAAAAUAUAACAAAGCCAGAUUGGAGGCAAAGGGAGGCAGCCACAUAUGCUUUUGGCUCUAUCUUGGAGGGACCUUCCCCUGACAAGUUGACAUCUAUUGUUAAUGUUGCUUUGAAUUUCAUGCUCGCUGCUUUAACGAAGGACCCAAAUAACCAUGUGAAAGACACUACUGCUUGGACUCUAGGGCGGAUUUUUGAAUUCCUUCAUGGUUCAACUGUGGACACACCUAUAAUUACUCAAGCAAAUUGCCAACAGAUCAUCACAGUUCUGCUUCAGAGCAUGAAGGAUGUUCCAAAUGUGGCUGAGAAGGCAUGUGGUGCCCUCUAUUUCCUUGCCCAAGGUUAUGAAGAGGCAGGUCCAUCAUCUCCAUUGACACCUUAUUUCCAGGAAAUUGUGCAUGCUCUUCUAACUGUUACUGACAGAGAAGACGCUGGGGAGUCCAGAUUGAGGACAGCUGCUUAUGAAACACUGAAUGAAGUUGUGAGGUGCUCAACUGAUGAAACAGCACCCAUGGUGUUGCAGUUGGUACCCGUAAUUAUGACAGAGCUUCACAAAACUCUUGAAGAGCAGAAGCUUGCAUCUGAUGAGAGAGAGAAACAGAGUGAGUUGCAAGGUCUACUUUGUGGAUGUUUACAAGUCAUCAUUCAGAAGUUAGGUUCAUCAGAGCCUACUAAGGUUGUGUUCAUGCAAUAUGCGGACCAGAUAAUGGGGCUUUUCCUGAGGGUUUUUGCUUGCAGACUUGCAACUGUGCAUGAGGAGGCAAUGCUAGCAAUUGGAGCCCUUGCCUAUGCAUCUGGUCCAGAUUUUUCAAAAUACAUGGCAGAGUUUUUUAAAUAUUUAGAAAUGGGUCUUCAAAAUUUUGAGGAGUACCAAGUUUGUGCUGUUACAGUUGGUGUUGUGGGGGAUAUCUGCAGGGCAUUAGAGGAUAAAAUUUUGCCUUAUUGUGAUGGGAUCAUGACACAACUUCUCAAGGAUUUAUCUAGCAAUCAGUUGCAUCGAUCUGUGAAGCCUCCCAUAUUCUCAUGUUUUGGUGACAUUGCCUUGGCAAUAGGAGAGAAUUUUGAGAAGUACUUGAUGUAUGCCAUGCCCAUGCUCCAAAGUGCUGCAGAGUUGUCUGCCCAUGCAGCUGGUGCCGAUGAUGAAAUGAUUGACUACACAAAUUCACUGAGAAAUGGAAUUUUGGAGGCUUAUUCAGGAAUUCUUCAAGGGUUUAAGAACUCUCCUAAAAUGCAACUCUUGGUUCCUUACGCACCCCACAUCCUCCAGUUCUUGGAUAGCAUAUACAUGGAGAAAGACAUGGAUGAUGUGGUCAUGAAAACAGCAAUUGGAGUCCUUGGAGAUUUAGCAGAUACACUGGGAAGUAAUGCUGGUUCUUUGAUACAGCAAUCUCUUUCUGUCAAAGACUUUUUAAAUGAAUGUUUGUCUUCUGAAGAUCAUAUGAUAAAGGAAUCUGCUGAAUGGGCCAAGUUGGCCAUCAGUCGUGCCAUUUCUGUCUGAGGGUGUUGCUACUCAACAUUUUUUAACAUUUCAAGUCCCUGCAUGCAUUUGGGUGUACUGAGUCGGGUCCGGGUUGCAUUCGAGUCAGGUCAUCUGUCAUUUUCAGAUAACAGAAGUUAUCGGUCUUCAGGUUGUCACUAACUCUUGCAUCAGCAUCAGCAUCAUGGUUCUGUUCUGUCAAAGAGGCAUUGGGUAAUCAUUGAUUUGCAGACAUGGGUGAAGGCGUCCAUUGAAAGCUUUUAAAAAAUUUGUUCCUAGUGAGGGAGAGGUAACAUUGAUUUGGCGAAUAGAUACAGGUCAGGCAGCAUCUUGUCAGUUGUUUGUUGGUCCUUGUAAUGGUUGAGAUCUCUCGUUACCAGACUACCCAUGCUGUCUUGGUGGUUGUCUCAGAAGUACCUCUAGGUUUUGGGAGUGGAGGACUGCAGCAAGUCAGUUGAAGGUUUGUGACACUUGAAGACCACCCAAGUGCCACAUUUUACAAGACCCUCAAUUCAUUACUGAUUUUUCACUUCUGAGUCAUUUUCAUUUAUUCAUGUCUGUAUCAGUUCAUCAUUAUGUCUGUCAUAUGGUCAGGUUGUAUUUUAACUGUUGCACUCUGUUGGUAUACUUUGGUUGGGGGUCUUCAACCUAUUAUUGAGGGUAUUGCAUCCUGCAUUGCAUUGUUCAUUUUUCCUUAAAUUGUUUAUAUAGAUCAAAAGUCAGUACUAUGCAUUCAUUAAAA